AUGCCUUCCAUUGAAGUUCCGCAAGGUUACUCCUACGUCAUCGCCGUAACAGCAUCGUCGUUGUUUCUAAAUGCUUACCAGCAAGCCAACGUCAAUAUAAGGCGAGCUGCUGCCAAGGUCCCCUAUCCUCAAGCAUAUGCCGAGAAAGCCGAAGCCGCCGCAUCGUUCGAGCACCAACGAUUCAACUGCGCACAACGUGCACACCAAAAUACUCUUGAAUAUGCGCCUCAUGUUCUCCUUGGUAUGCAUAUUACCGGCUUGAAGUACCCCAUCCUCGCAGCUUCUCUUGGCGCUGGCUGGGUCGUUGGUAGAAUCCUGUACACGAUUAACUACUCCACUGGCUACGCUGAGAAGCGUCAGAGGAGAGGAGCCGUCAUUGGCUCGAUGUGCUAUCUUGGUCGGUAUUUCAACUUAGAUUUAUCUACUCAGUCCUUCACUUACCAGAUAUCUGCCACCCUGCAUGCAGGACUUAUUGGUACUACGGCGUUCACUGCAUGGCAGUUCUUGAAAGAGGGACUGUAG